UCUCAAUCAACAGAAUGGAACAGCAACACUCUUAAAGUUUAUAAUAAUCGCCGUCGUCGUAACUCUCUCUCUCCAACUUCAAAUGCUUUAAUAACCGGAUACUCCGCUGCCUUCAAAAAUGCACGUCAACUGGAAGAAGUGCUCCUCACCCGUCCCAGCUUUAAGAGUGCUAUUGUUGCCCAGAAUAAUGAAGAAAAGGAUGUUGGAAAGAAGAAUUGAGAAGAGAAGGAAGAUAAGAACAGUCGACGGAAUAGUCGACCUUUUUGGCGGGGGUAUGUCGCCAAAGGCGACUUUCAUUCAAUUUAUUUUAAUUUCUUAUUAUACUCAAGUAUACUCAAGUUUCCCCCGUUUUAUUACUCCAAUUGUUUAAUUUAAUCUUUGUUCGUGUUCCUCCCCUUUCUCUAUUUUUUCACACAUUUUUUAAGCUCCGCCUCUUUUUUCCAGCUGGCUGGUCG